UGAUCCAAUUAUCACUUUGCCGAGACAAUUAAUUUUUAUAUCAACCAGUUCUACUGUCUAGCUAGCUCUGUGCCCUUGCUGGAUAAUGGCUGCUCGAGUAUGUAACCUCGUUAUCAAGUUCCUACUAUUCUUGACCAACAUUAUUUUGUGGUUGCUGGGUGUGGUGAUACUGGCCAUAGGGAUCUAUGUGCAAGUGGAGACUGGUUUCAGUGAUUUGAGUCUGGGUAGUGUUCUCACAAGUCCUGCCAUUGUCCUCAUCAUUAUUGGAGCUGUGCUAUUUGUUGUUGGAUUCUGCGGCUGUUUUGGUGCUCUCCUGGAGCUAUUCCCACUCCUCCUAAUAUACGCCAUUAUACUCUCCAUCAUUCUCCUGGCUGAGGUUGGAGUUGUUGUGUAUGCCUUUGUGCAGUCAAGGGAGUUCUCUGCGACUUUUGAAAGUCUAUUGGAGAACUACAUUGUCAACUAUUACAACGAUGUCAAUCUCAGGAACUUGGUUGACCGUAUUCAAGGCCAGCUGUUGCUGUGCUGUGGAGUAACGGGUCCUAAUGACUGGCAAGCCAAUGCUUACUUCAAUUGCUCCAGUCCAGCUUUCCAACGUUGCAGUGUACCAUUCUCCUGUUGUGAGCUAACUGAUGGUGAGGUCAUCAACGUCCAGUGUGGAUAUGGAACUCUUGACACCUCUAAUCCUGACUCUAUGUUGGGUAUCUACCAGAUUGGCUGCUUGUCUACUGUGGAAGGGCUUUUUUCCAACAACUUAUAUGUGGUAGGCGGUGUCGGUGUGGGUCUGCUUGUCUUCCAGAUACUCAACAUUUUAUUGGCCUCUGGAUUGGCUGUUGACGUGUAUCGUGAGAAUAAAGAGAUCAAAGCUAUCAAGAAACAAGACAAACAAGAGAAGAAAGCUCACAAGCAACGGGAGCAAGGAAAAGAGAAGGUGUAAACCAACCAAUCGUUGGCUAGCAAACUCAUCAUCUUAUACAUGGAUUUUUAUGUCAUUGACAGUACAGUAGUACAGAAAAUUAGUUGACGUUUAAUUGGAAUGAAAUAUUGGAUUUUGUUUA